AUGGCUUCAUGGUUUGGCGGCGCGGCCAAUGCCGAACUGGACGCACAAAUUGAACGAGCGACUGCUUCUUCUCUCGAGGAUAUCGCCCUCAACCUGGAAAUCAGCGAUGUAAUCCGCAGCAAGACGGUGCAGCCGCGGGAGGCUAUGCGCAGCCUCAAACGACGCAUCGGGCACAAGAACCCCAACGUACAGCUCGCUGCUCUGAGCCUGACGGACACGUGCGCGAAGAAUGGAGGAUCACACUUCAUGGCGGAAAUGGCCAGCCGCGAGUUUGUCGACAACCUGACCAGCAUCCUCAAGGCACAGGGCGCUGCGGAAACCAACCCGGAGGUCAAGGGGAAGAUCUUGGAGCUGUUGCAGACUUGGGCAUCGGCAGCACAAGGCCGCGAGAGUCUGGGCUACCUCUCCGAGACGUAUCGCACAUUACAGCACGAGGGUUUCCGCUUCCCACCCCGCGUUGAUGUGGCCAGCAGCAUGUUUGAUAGCUCCGCCCCACCCGAGUGGGCUGAUAGCGAUGUGUGCAUGCGCUGCCGCGAAAAGUUCACCUUCACCAACCGAAAGCACCACUGUCGGAAUUGCGGGAAUGUCUUUUGUGGGACAUGUUCGAGCAAAUCACUGCCUCUCCCCCAUUUGGGCAUCAUGCAGCCCGUGCGUGUAGACGAUGGAUGCUAUGCCCGAUUGAACGAGAAGAGCAGAGGUGCGCUGGCACAGAUACCGCACAGCCCAUCGGAGGGCAGGAAGACACUUUGGCAGGGCUCGAGCACUGCAGCUGCGACAUCCGAGAGGAUGCAGCCUAGAGGAGCUAGGGUGCCGAACGAUAGCUUCGAUGCGGACUUGAAGCGUGCGUUGGAAAUGAGUCUGGAAGAUGCCAAGGGACACUCCGGUGCGGGAUACGUGCCACAGUCGCAGAUUUCAACGCCAAAGCCACCUCUGGUUUCAAAGCCCCAGACGAAUGGAUCGAGCAAACCACACGAAGAGGAGGAGGAGGACGCGGAUCUGAAAGCAGCCAUCGCGGCGAGCCUUCAGGAUAUGGAGACACAGAAGAACCGACACGCGAGAGAGCUAAAGGAGCAGUCAUCGUUGUCAUAUUCUGCGCCGCCGGCACAGUACCGUCCAAACAACCAGUUUGAGCUUACUCCAGUCGAGGCGGAAAACAUCAAUCUAUUCUCCACGCUUGUGGACAGACUGCAACAUCAGCCGCCCGGGACCAUUCUACGAGAACCUCAGAUACAGGAACUGUACGAAGGCAUUGGUACAUUGAGGCCCAAGCUAGCGAGAACAUAUGGUGAGACGAUGAGCAAACACGACACUUUGCUGGACCUGCAUUCGAAGCUUGCGACUGUUGUGCGAUAUUAYGAUCAGAUGUUGGAGGAUCGAAUGGCCAAUGCUUACACAUCCAGUCGAUACGGUGCGCAACAACAGCGAUCGAGCAUGUACUCUCAUGUUCCCAAUGCGGACAAUUCCGGAGGAAUGGAAAGCUACUACAGCGGAAACGCACCACAGAUGGAUAGCUACGCGCCACAAUCAGGUUACCCUGGCUAUCCAUCCGCAUCGCAAGCACCCUAUCCAUCCCAAGAACAGGCUCGAAUGUCCUCAUAUGGCGCACCGCCGCCAGAGGCUGCAUACUACCAGUCUCAGCAGCAACCUCAGCAGAUGAGCUACCCUCAAGCGCAAGCUCCAUACGGACAACCGGAACAACAACAUCAACAACCUCCGCUCCAACGACGCCAGUCUUCACAGCACUAUCCUCAUCAUCCAGCAAGGAGUACUUCAAGCCAGUACGCACCCAGCCACACCUCACAGACAUCCCRAACUGGUGUCGUGGCUUCACCACCACCUGUAGCAGAUCCUGCCACCAACUACUAUGCCAACACUACUCAAGCGGGAGUGCUGCCUCCCGCAAGCCCGGAAUUGUAUCAUCAGCUACCGCCCCAGCAACMGCCUUAUCCGCAGCAGCAACCUACAGCAGCACCUCCACCGCAACAUUACUCUCAGCAGCAACCGCAGCAGUACUACAACCAGCAACCGCCUCCGCAGGCUGGAGGUGCAUGGCCUCAAGUUUCUGGCGUGACGCAUGCCGGUUAUGGGCAGGAAAGCUUCCCCAAUGCGCCAAGCCAUGCUCUGCCCGUUCAGCAACCUGCGAAGGAAGAAAGCCUCAUUGAGUUGUAG